AUGCAAAACUCCGAAUAUACAAAAAAUUUAUCUAUUCCAAUUCCUCAAAAUAUUUUAAUUGGUAAAUUAAUUGGUCGUGAAGGACCACAAAUUAAAAUUUAUGUUAACAAUAAAAAAGAAAUUCCUCCAUUUGAAAAUAGAAUUAAUGAUGCAAGUAGUCAAUUAAAUGAUUUGUUAAACAAAAUUUCUCAACAAGAAAAUAAAAAAGUUGAUAAAAUUAAAAAGAAAAAAGAACUUUCUUUAUUUGAGAAUAGAAUUAAUGAUGCAAGUAAUCAAUUAAACGAUUCAACAAAACAAAUUUCUCAACAAGAAAAUAAAAAAGUUGAUAAAAUUAAAAAGAAAAAAGAAAUUUCUUUAUUUGAGAAUAGAAUUAAUGAUGCAAGUAAUCGAUUAAACGAUUCAACAAAACAAAUUUCUAAACAAGAAAAUAAAAAAAUUGAUAAAAUUAACAAGAAAAAAGAAAUUUUUUUAUUUGAGAAUAGAAUUAAUGAUACAAGUAAUCAAUUAAACGAUUCGACAAAACAAAUUUCCAAACAAGGAAUUGAUAAUAUUAACAAGAAAAAAGAAGUCCCUCUAUUUGAGAAUAGAAUUGGUCAAUUAAACGAUUUGAUAAAUAGAUUUCCUAUAAAAAAAUUGAUAAAGAUAAAAAAGGAAGUGGAAGUUGAAAGACUUUCAAAGGAAGUACAACAUAAAUCUCAAGAGCUCAAGAAAACUUUGACGAAAUUUGUGGUUAAUAAGAUUGCGAAAGUUGCAGAUGUUGCGGUGGUUAAUGAUGAUUUACCAGAAAAAUUUUCAAGAUUUUCAAAAAAUUUCAAAAGAAAAUGUAAAAAUAAGCCUAAACAUAAGAAAAUGCUUGAUGGAAUGUGUUGGAACGGGGUUGACUGUAUAAGAAAAUUUUGUCAAUUUGAACAUCCAUCUGUUCGUCAAUAUUAUAAUCAUUAUUUAAUAUUAAGAUACAAGAAAGAAAUUUAUUCAAGAAAACAUAAAAGAGAUUUUAAAAAAGAAUCUAGACUUUACAUAAAAAAUUAUAAAAUAGAGAAUUAA